AUGGAAAUCUUCAAAGUGGUCCAACAUGUCAUUCCCGGCCAGCACAUUCGGGAGCAUCCUUAUAGCGUGAGAGGACCUCAAGAAGGUAAAUUGAUGCUUUCCAUCAAGCAGUACAUUCCACUUGACCGGCCCGAGCCUGUCCCAGACAAUGCGAUUACUGUCAUCGCAGUUCCUGGAAACACAGCUGCCAAACUGUUCGAGCCUAUAUGGGAGCGUCUCUGUGUCCGCAUGAAGCAGCUGGGCGUCCCAUUGCGUGCUGUAUGGAUCGCCGAUCUAUGCAAUCAAGAAUCUACUGUUGCGAUUAAUGAGCCUAUUCUGGGUGAAAUCACGCAUUGGAACGACCAUUCCCGCGAUUUGCUUCAUAUGAUCAACCACUUCCGCGAUGAGAUGCCUCGUCCACUAGUUGGCGUUGCUCACAGCUUAGGCUGUGCUCAACUUGUCCAUCUUUCCACAAUUCACCCCCGUCUUCUCUCAGCACUAGUUCUCUACGAGCCCAUGAUCCUCGACAGCGCCCCCAUUCACGCUGCAGGUCCUACCAAAUUCGGUGGCAACGUCCACCCAGGCGCAUUCGCUCUCAAAAGACCCGAUCUCUUCAACUCUCUCGAAGAGGGACAAGCGCAUAUCCGUAAGCGAUUCGCGCACUAUCACCCCGAGGUUGUCGCCCGACACGUGAAUGUCACACUCCGCCCAACUCCAACCCGACUAUACAACAAGGAGUCAACGCCCGGAUUACCUGACGGAGCUGUGACGCUAGCAACAUCUAAAUACGAUCAGGCAAUGAUGUACGCCAUUCCAAACGUGAUACCCGAGUCAGCAGGUCUGGACAAGCUAUUACUCCCAGAUUGGCAUCCUGAACGUGCGAUUCCACUAUCAAUUGGUCGGCCGGAGCCCCAUGCUGCGAUGGAGAUGCUACCGUUUGUCCGAGCUAAUGUACUGUGGGCAUUUGGAGAAAAGAGUUUUGCGUCACGGCCCGAGGCACAGGAUCAGAAGAUGAACCUUACGGGCUCUGGGUUUGGAGGAAGUGGUGGAGUUAAAGCGGGGAAGGUGGAGAAGGUUGUUUUGAUGGGUGGCUCGCAUAAUUUUGUUUGUGAGGAUGUGGAUUGGACUGCUAAUGUUGCUGCUGAGUACUUUGCGCGCUGGUGGCCUCGUUAUUUAGCAGAGGAAAAGGCUUUGGAGGAGUAUCGGAAUCUGAUGUGUGAUCCGGUGACGGGCAAACCGACUGAAGCUAGUCUUCGUUGUUUGUUGGACAAUGGUCCGAGACCAAAGUUAUAG